CUCUGGCGCCCCCUUGUGGCUGUUGGAUAAAUGCCACCAGGUCACGGAGCAGAAAUACUUUAGUUUCAUUUUCACUAAACUGAGAUCAGAAGAGUCCGACGUGUAGGGUUGCGCUGCAGAACGGAUCGAUACUUCUAUCGUGUGUAUCGAUGGGCGACGAGGAGGCCACGCGCAGCUGCGGCACGUGCCACAAAGACGUCUCGGAGGCCAACUUCUCUCUGCACGAGAUGCACUGCAGCCGCUUCCUGUGUCUGUGCCCCGACUGCCAGGAACCAGUUCUCAGAGAGCACCUGGAGCAGCACAGGGAGAAGCAGCACACACAGGUGAGAUGCUCCGAGUGUCACCUGAAGAUGGAGCGCUGCCACCUCGUGGAUCACCAGGCCGACCGCUGUUAGCGGCGGCUGCUGCGCUGUGAGUUCUGCCAGCUGGAGCUGCGGCGCAGAGACCUGGACCGGCACCGCCCGGCCUGCGGCAGCCGCACCGAUCGCUGCAGCGACUGCAACCGCUACGUCACCCUGAGGGACCGGCCCAGCCACGGCGACACCUGCCCGGCAACCGGAGGCUCGGCAACCGGCGGCUCGGCAACCGGAGGCUCAGCAACCGGCGGCUCGGCAACCGGAGGCUCGGAUCCUCAAACCGCCGGCAAACUGCCACGGAACAAGACCAAAUCCACGGCGCUUUGCGGCAGCUGUUUGGCGUCUUUUCCAGCGGCGGAUGUGGAGCAACACGAGCUGCAGUGUCUCCUGGCCAGCAGGUUGAACUACGAAGAGGAGGAAGAGGAGGAUGAGGAAGAGGACCCGUUCUCCGGGCAGAGGGCCACCCCGUGGCUCUCGAGGGGCCUCCGGGGGGAUCGGCCUCGUGGGGGAACCGGGGCCGGCGCAGGGGACCCGCACCGGAUCAGCACCUGCCCCCACUGCCACCUGGCGCUGCCGCUCGCCACGCUGCGCUGGCACGAGGUGAAGUGCCACAUCGUCAUCAACCUGAGAUGAAGAGAGAGAGAGAGAGAGAGAGAGAGACAGGAUGUUUGAAGGAAGAUGAAUAUUUAGUUAUUAGUUUUAUUGACGUUCAGUUUUAAUCGUCGUGGAGAUGAAAAGUGUCUCCAGUACUAAAUGUUUUGUAUUAAAAUUAUUUUACAUAAAUACAAACACAGAAACUAAAGUUAACACUAGAAUAUUUACUUUUGUUUUGAGUCAUAAAAAAAAGUUCAGCCAUUUUCAAAAGUUGUUGCUGCUAAAAGUUUCCAUUAAAAUAAAAAUAUGGACAAAUCUGAUGCACUAAUUUUAAAUACGUAUAAAUACAAUUAUUUAGUUGAAUUUAUUUUUCAUUGUAUAUGGAGUCCAUAUAUAUAUAUAGAGAUAUAUAUAUAUAUAACUUUGACAUUUAUAUAUAUUAAGAACGAAAAAUAUAUUUUUGAAAAUAAAAUUCUUUACGUGAUUUA